AUGGAUUAUUCGUACGACGAAGAUCUGGACGAGCUGUGUCCCGUUUGCGGGGAUAAAGUCUCGGGGUACCACUACGGGCUGUUGACCUGCGAAAGUUGCAAGGGCUUCUUUAAGAGGACGGUUCAGAACAACAAACACUACACGUGUACGGAGAGCCAGAACUGCAAGAUCGACAAGACGCAGCGGAAGAGGUGUCCCUACUGCCGUUUUCAGAAGUGCCUGGCCGUCGGGAUGCGGUUGGAAGCCGUGCGGGCCGACCGUAUGCGCGGGGGCAGGAAUAAAUUCGGCCCGAUGUACAAGCGCGACCGGGCGCUGAAGCAGCAGAAGAAGGCGCUGUUCCGGGCCAACGGCUUCAAGCUGGAGACGGCUCCGCCGCCGGGACCCCCGCCGCCGCCGCUGCCUCUGCCGCUGCCGCCGCCGCCGCCGCCGCCCCCCAUCGUCUCUCCGGUGCAGGCGGUGGACUACGGGGGUCUGCCGCCCUCCCUGCACGGCCUGGCCCACCACCAGCACCCGGCCGGCCUGGCCAAGGCUCUGCCACCCCCCAGCGCCGCUGCCAUGACGCCCAUCGAUUACGAUCGUAGCCCCUACGGGACGCCCGCGCUGGCCGCCCCCGGGCCGAUGGGUCCCGGACCCGUCUCGGGCUACCACUACCCGCCUUUCGCCAGCCGGGCCAUCAAGUCCGAGUUCCCGGAGCCUUACGCCGCCCAUCCCCACGAGGCCGCCCCGGCGUACCCCUUCCCGGAGCCUUAUCCCAGCUUCGGGGGCGGAGGAGGGUCUCCGGCUAUGGGGCUGGACGUGCCCGAGGUGAUGUUGAAGCUCCUGCAACUGGAGCCGGAGGAGGCGCAGCUGAGGGAGCGCAUCCUGACCUGCAUGCAGCAGGAUCAGAACCGAGGGCGUCCGGAGAAGCUGACGACCUUCGGACUCCUGUGCAAGAUAACAGACCAGUCCCUCUUCGCUAUGGUGGAGUGGGCCCGCAGCUGCAUCUUCUUCAAGGAACUGGAGGUUGGAGACCAGAUGAAGUUGCUGCAGAACUGCUGGAGCGAGCUGCUGGUGUUCGACCACAUUUUCCGCCAAGUCCAGUACGGGAAAGAGCACCACUUGGUGUUGGUGACAGGCCAGGAGCUGGACAUAUCGAACCUUGCCACCCAGCCGGCAUCUAUCGUGAACAACUUGGUGCUGAGAUCUCAGGAGUUGGUGCUGAACUUACACGCCCUCCAGAUAGACCGGCAAGAAUUUGUCUGCUUGAAAUUCCUGAUUCUCUUUAGCCUCGAUGUGAAGUACAUGGAAAAUUCCAGCGUGGUCAAAGAAGCUCAGGAAAAAGCCAACACGGCCCUGAUGGAAUACACCAUCUGCCAUUAUCCGCACACCAUGGACAAAUUUCGCCACUUGCUGUUCCAGCUGGCCGACAUCCGAGCCAUCAGCAUGCAGGCCGAAGAGUACCUGUACUAUAAACACAUCAACGGGGAGGUGCCCUGCAACAAUUUGCUGAUUGAAAUGCUGCAUGCUAAGCGGACUUGA